UCCAAGCUUGUUAAAAUGAGUAGCUUACGUAAUGCGGAGAACGAUCAUUAUUAAUAAUAACGAUAAGAUUAGGGUCUUUCACCGGGUCACGCUCUGCGUCGUUGAUUACAUACAUAGACGAGAAAUAGCGCGUAACAACGAUGCCACGUUGAGGUUGAGGACGGAAAACGAAGCGAGCCGAAGUUAGUUCGCCGUGAGUCUUGUAGUUUAGCGAGCGGUUAAGGACAAUACGGACGCGAACGUGCUACGAGGCGAAACGCCUACGACUUUCUAUCCUUCCCUCUCCUCUCUCUCUUUCUCUCUCUCUCUCUAUCUCUUUCUUUCUUUAUACCAACGCGUUCUGCGUCUUCCGUGUUUCUCUCUCGUUCUCUUUCUCCCUCUCAUUCCCAUCCAAGUCCAAGACGCGACGUCGUCAACGUGGUGACGUUUAGUAGUUGUUAGAAACCUUCGAUUCAACGCCUGACAAGAGUGACGUUCGGAGAGAGAUAUCCGACGAGACAAAAAAGAAAGAAAAAACAUUAUGGGGGCAUCUUCGAACGCGACAUACUUAGGCCUCGAUCUCAGCACGCAGCAGUUGAAGGCUGUUGUGGUCGAUGACGAUCUUGGUAUUCUACAUGAGACCAGUGUACAAUUUGACAAUGAUCUGCCAGAAUUUAGAACAUACGGAGGUGUUAUACAAAAGAAAUACGAAUCUCACGUAGUAGUGGCACCAACUUUGAUGUGGGUCAAGGCUUUAGAUAUGAUAUUAGAUAAACUACGUGUUUGCGGAGUUGAUUUUAGCAAAGUAUCAGCUAUUUCCGGAUGCGCUCAGCAACACGGCACCGUUUAUUGGGGGAAAGGUAGUCAAAGUCUAUUGAAAAAUUUAGAACCAACGAAAUUUUUACACGAACAAUUUGCAACGUCGUUUUCGAUAGGACAAUCGCCGGUAUGGAUGGACUCUAGUACGUCCGAUGAAUGUCAACUUUUCGAAGUGAUCGUAGGUGACCCUAAAAAAUUGGCAGAAAUAACUGGGUCUCGAGCAUACGAAAGAUUUGCAGGACCGCAAAUAGCAAAGAUAGCACGAAGAAGGCCAGAAGCCUAUAGUAAUACCGAGAGAAUUUCUUUGGUCAGUAGUUUCCUUGCUUCUCUUUUCUUGGGCGACUUUGCACCGAUCGAUUGGUCAGAUGGCUCUGGUAUGAAUCUUUUAAACAUUCGUACGAAGGAUUGGGACGAUGUCUUGUUAGAGACUUGUGCGCCUGAUUUAAGAAAAAAAUUGGGCAAACCGACCUCUUCCUAUAAUAAUAUCGGCCCAAUAUCGCCUUAUUUUGUCGAAAGAUUUGGCUUUAAUGAGGCUUGUAGGAUUAUUGCAUUUACAGGAGAUAAUCCAGGUUCCUUGGUAGGAAUGAGACUGAAAAAAGGAGAUAUUGCAUGUAGUUUAGGAACUAGCGAUACUUUGUUUUUAUGGCUGAACGAACCGAAAACUGCUAUCGAUGGGCACAUUCUCUGCAAUCCUAUUGAAGAUGAUGCAUAUAUGGCAUUACUUUGUUUUAAAAAUGGAUCAUUGACUAGAGAAAGGAUACGUGACAGUGCAGCGCAAGGUUCAUGGCAAAUAUUUAACGAAUUAUUAGAAAGUACACCGCGAGGAAAUUUCGGAAAUUUUGGCCUGUAUUUUGACGCCCAGGAGAUUUUACCGUCCGUGAUCGGUGAUUACAGAUUUAAUAAAGCUAACGACAAAAUUAAUCGAUAUAGCUCGAAAGAGGUAGAGGUUCGAGCACUCAUUGAAGGCCAAUUUGUGGCGAAAAGAGCAUAUGCAGAAGAUUUUGGUUUUGUUAUCGGUUGGUGUACAUUAUUACGAACUACGAAUAUUUUCUUUUUUUUUCUAAACUUUACUAAUUUUAUACAAUUAGGUCCCGAUACUCGUAUAAUAGCAACAGGUGGUGCAUCUGCUAACAAAACUAUAUUACAAGUACUUGCUGAUGUCUUCAAUUCGCCUGUUUAUAUAUCGAAGGAUAUUACGAAUUCAGCUAUGAUGGGAGCAGCGUAUCAAGCAAAACACGGUUUAUUAAGAAACGAAAGUAACUUUGAAGAAAUAACUGCUUCUUUACCAGAACCUACAGUUGUAUGUCGACCGUACGACGAUGCUGAGUCUAUAUAUCGACCAAUGACGCAACGUUAUCGAAAGUUAAUAGAAAGAAUAAUAAAAAGAAAUCAAUCGCAGUCAGAUAAGUAAAAUGAAAUAUUGCAGAAAAUUCUAUUGCAUAAAUCUUUAGCUAAUUAACUUCCAACAAAUUCCAUAAUUUUAUAUCGUGAUAGAUGCAUAUCAUAGUUGUAUAUAUACAAUGAUAUAUAAGUAUCUACACAUAUGCAUUAUCUUAAACAUUUAUAUAUAAUUUGGGUAAUAGAAAAAUUUUAUCUAUUCGUAAUAAGUCAAAGUUCUAAUAAAACAUCAUUUUUACAUAAGAUUAGUCUCUGUUAGAAUCUCGAAGUACGUAAUGAUAGAUAUGUCACGUAUGAUUUAAUGCAUUUACGCUACUUAUAUAUAUAUAUAAGAGCAUGCAUGUUUUCUUAAGUUUUUAUUCCUUGAAAAAAAUAUGCGAAUAUCGUAAACAACUUACGACCGAAGCACAAAUAUUAAAAUAUAAUUGAUUUCCUAAUGGUUGCUCUAUUAUAAAUAUUUCUUGCUAUACACUUAAUUUAAUCUCUUUUUUCUUUUUACUAUCAGUGCCUUAGUGCUUAAAAGUACAAGAAAAACUAAAAGUGCAAUUUGUUAAAGCGAAUUUAUAAUAUAUAAAACUUUAUAGAUUCAUAAUAUAAAUUGUAUGAUAUAUAUAUAUAUAUAUAUAUAUAUAUAUAUAUAUAAUGCCAAAUUUAAUAUAUUAACUUAUUAUUGUUAACUUAUUAAAACAUAUUGUAUUAAUUAUUAAUAAAUCUAAUCUUUCUUUUUCA